GCCGCGGCACUCAGCGAUGCCGUUUUAAACGCCCCUUCCACCGCCAUGGCCCUGCGGCGGCUCAUCCAGCAGAACCACAGCGCCGGCGCGGGAGGGUUGGGUGCCGGCGGCGGGGAGCCGGCCGUGCCGAGGGACAGCAGGAGGAUCCAGCUCCUGGCCAGCACGGUGGGGACGCUGCCCCGCGGGCGCAAGCAGCUUGCCUUAGCCAGAUCCAGCUCCUUGGAUGACUCCUCCAGGCCACAAAGGCACCUCGUUGCUAUCUUAAAAGAAGAUAAAGAGACGUUUGGGUUUGAAAUCCAGACCAUUCGGUUUCCACACCAAAAUGAUUACUCCCUGGAGGUAUGUACCUGCGUCUGCAAAAUUCAAGAAGAAAGUCCCGCUCAUCUUUCUGGCCUUCAAAUUGGCGAUAUCCUCGCCAGCAUCAACGACGUCAACACCGGCGGGUUUAGUCACAAGCAGAUAGUAGACUUGAUCAAGUCUUCAGGGAACUAUUUAAGGUUGGAGACCGUCAACGGGGCCAUGUUUCUGCGGAAAAUGGAGCUGGAGGCCAGGCUGCAGUUCCUGAAGCAAACUCUGCAGCAGAAAUGGGUGGAGUUGCGCUCGCUGCUCUUACAGGAACAGCGCUUGCUGCACGGGGAGGUGACGGGCGAGGCGCUGCCGGGCGCCCCGGAGCCCGAGGAGCCGGGGGGGUGCGGCACGCCGGGCCCCCUGCGCCCGCUGCAGCCGCGCUGCUCCAGCGAGAGCAGCUCCCGCAGCCGGCUGAGCUCCGUGACCGUGGACAGCGAGGACAGCUUCUACCAGAGCGGGGCCUUCGAGGAGUCGGCCGCAGAGAGCCUGAGCCGCCAGUCGAGCGGGGAGGACGACUGCUUCUUCCCCCGGGACGGGGACGGCGCUGCCGGGAGGUCGUGCUCUCUGCGGAGGAACCGCAGCAUCAGCCUGGCCAGCAGCGGGUCCAUGUCCCCGCUCUGGGAGGGCACCGGCUGCACCAGCAGUUUUGGGACGCUCCCACGGAAAAGCAGGAGAUCCAGCGUCCGAAAGCAUCUUUUGAAAUUCAUUCCAGGCCUUCACCGGGCGGUGGAGGAGGAAGAAAGUCGGGUCUGACGUCGCACGUGUCACCCCUGAUGUCCGGGACUGCUGCGUGGGCUGGGGCGGAGGGCGGCAGCGGGUGAGGCACGGUGGCACGGCACGGCAGUCCUCCAGGCAACAGUACUGAUGGUACUGAAAAAGCUCUGGGGUUUUAAAUUAUUUUAGUUUUUAAUCAGAGCACACUGUGGACCUCUUCAUUGAUGUGAAAAAUGACUAACUCUGAAAUGUGAAGAGCCUUUCCAGAACUUCCUCAGCGUACUUCAGUGUUAAUAACAGUUUUUAAUUGAAUGCAAAAUUGAUAGCUAUUUAUUUCCUGUUACCGAAGUCAUAGUCUUCCAAAGGUCUUUUUAAUAAAACAAGCGCUUCUGCUAAAACCACUGACAGCCCUGUCUGAAGGAGCCCGGAGCGUACAGCACAGAGGCCCCGGGCAGUAAUGUUUUGAAACAAGGGACAGAGAUUCACCCGCGGUUUGCUGUGGGGAAUUGAUGAGGGUGUGCUGGAGCAGGCCAGGAGCACGCUCGCCACCUCCCCCGGCACGUGUGUGCCCGUGGGGACCCGUGCUGGCCCUUUCUCCAUGGUGCUGGCCCGUUCUGGCUGGCCAUCGCCCGGAGAGGUGGCGGCUGCUGCUGCUGCUGCUGCUGCUGCUGCUGGGGGACCUGCACGCUCGAUACGUGUGCCAAAAAAAAAAAAAAGAAAGGGUGACCGCCACGAUCCGCUUCCCAGUCUCCGGAGCCGGGAUGGGCUCCCCUGCUCAGCCCUGCUCACACAGCGAUAGAUUUCCGAAGGGACAGCCGGCUGCCGCCGCUUUUGCAUCUCUUGGCAGCGCUCGCACACGCCCUGCGAUAACCUGGUUUAUCGGUUGCGAUCUGAGCAGCUGCCGUCUCUGCCGGUAGCCGAUAUCCUGCCCGACCUGCCUCGUUCCAGGGGAUCUGGAGCAGAAAGGACCCUCGUGCUGACGCCCGUGGGCGCAGGGGAGGCCGGCGGCGGCCGUGCCGGGGGGGGAGCGCGCUGGGGAGCGCCGCCGCGUCGGUUUGAGCUCCUCAAGGCGAGAGGAUUGGCGGCAGAGGGGUGUGCUGCAGGGCUGGGCUGUGCCUGGCCGCGGCGCCAGCUCGCGGGUCGCACUCCGGGGCCCCCUCGAGGGCUGUGCUGGGGUCCCGGCCCCCGGGGGGCAGGAGAAGCCCCUCGGGCCGGCGUUCCCACCGCUCGUCCCCAGGAAGAUCAGUAGCUGUUCACAUUUCUUCAGGAGCGGAGGCUUCAGGCAGUAAGAUUAACUCGAUAGUUUAUAUGAAGUGAUGUAAUAAAUAUGGGCACAGAUGUGAAGAAAAAGAGAAAUUUUAUUUCCCUCUCAGGCAGUGCAGAAAUAGGCUGUUUGUUCACCCUAGGCAACCUAAUUAUGUUUUCCAAAUACAAUUGGAUGGAUUUUAAAUAUAAUUUAAAUAGCUUGUAUGAGUCAUUCAUCUUUUGACCGAGCAGACCGUGCGGUUGUUUACCACUCAGGUACUACUGUGGCAGGAUUUCCUGGUCUUUUCAGAAAGCCCAGGCUAAACACAAUAGCCUCCAUCUGAGACAAACCCCAACUAAAACCAACCCGUACCCAACUCUAACUUCUCUAAUUAAUAAACUUUGCUAAGCCAGCAGAA